AUGAUCCGAAUCGCCAAAAACCCCAAUCCUCUAACAAUUCUGACUCACCAAUUCCUCCAACGUUGCACCGUCAGUGGAACCGCCAAAGGCAAAUCCAAGCUCAAAGCUGGCCAACCUUUAAAACGCUCCAAAAUCUCCACUAAAAAAGGCAAAGGCGGCGCUCCUCUCGACGAUUCCCUCCCCAAAGGCGGCCGAAUCCCCGACGAGAAGCAAAAACUUUACGAACAAUGCCUCAAUGCCCCCACGCCGGUCCGUCACCUCUCACCGAAAGAGCGAGCCCGCGAAGCCGAACGGGAAAAAUUGGGAUUAAUAAGCAAGGAGCGGCAACGGGAAAUGGAGAUUUUGAAGAAGGGAGGAAGAAAAGCAACGGGAGUCCCUGACGAGCCUAUGAUUAUGGGAACUCCGGGGCUGGAUUUGGUUACAUUGGGCCUUGUCGAUGCUGAUAAGAUACCCAAAUAUGAGCUGACGGUGGAGGAUGGCCGGAGAUUGGCCAAGGAGUAUAGUCGGGUUUUGAUGAGGAAGCAUAGGGCAAGGCAGGCUGCUGAGACUAAUUUGUUGAGAAUGAAAAAAGAGGCAAUUGAAGCGUUGCCGGAGAAACUUAGGGAGGUGGCUAUGAUACCAGAUUUGACCCCAUUUCCGGCAAAUCGAUUGAUGGCGUCUUUGACUCCACCUAUUGAAGGGUAUAUUGAGAAGGUUAAGGAAGCGGCUAAGAAAAGUUCCACCAAGCAGAAGCUUAGGUGAAGGCGAGGUGGAAGGUAUUUUAACCUUUUUCUUGAUUGGGUUAUUGAUGAAUGGUGUAAUGCUGAUUUUUCUUAUUAAAAAUUCAACUUGAAGUGAAUGUAUAUUGAACUCUUCUUUUCUUUUUGGGGGUGGGGAAUUAGAACUUAAAAUCCAAAUAUGAGUGAGUGAGUGAGUUUUGAUGCUUGGAUUAUAUCAGUUAUGCAACACUUUCAAUUUUACUCAAAA